AUGGCUGACAGGGCUCGAUGCGACCUGCCGUACGGGCAUUUUGGUCGCGGCAUCUAUUCCUCAGAAGACCACGCCUGGCACUUUGAGCGGACUUUGACGGUACCCUCCACUACCCAGCUUUUGGGAGAAUCCAAGGUCUUAUCACAACCCUCGAAUGUUCCUCUGGAUGCGCAUCGAGGAGGACCUCCAUCUAAAAGGCACCGAGAACAAAUCAAAAGCAUAGCGGGUGUAGAUCCCCGCUUUCAACCUGCAUCUGGUAUCAUCGCGCCGCUGCUCCGAGUAUCUGAAGCAGUCCAGGAUGCAGUUCAUUGCUAUGACCCUCUCAGAGGCUGCCUAAUAGCCUCCGGAGAUAUCCAGUCCUUCAGCCGCAACAGAUCUGUCCCAGUGGUAGCAUAUGUCACUGGAGGCUCGGGUUGCGACCUCUCUAUUUCGCAAGUUCAGAAGCAGAAACGGGGAUGGGAUGACAAUCGACGGUCCUGGCUUGAAGUCCCUACCCUGCAGGGAGAGCAAGCAAAUUGGUCCAGCCAUGGAGGCCCGAUACACCAAGUUCGCUUCGCGUCAAACGCUCGAUCUGGCCCGGGUCUUCUGGCUGCACGUCAACUCACCAGGACGACCAUCAUACGUGCAGUCCAAGUCAAAAGACCCUCCGAAGAGGUGCACGGGGCAAGCAUAAUACCCGCCUCACUAUUCAACGUCAGCAUGGAACAGACCGGUGGAAAUUCACACAUUGAUGUAUCUUUCAAUCCGUGGUUCUCGCAGCAAGUUGCCCUGAUAGAUGUCGCUGGGAUGUGGACGGUUCUCGAAUUCUCGACCCGUAAUAUGGCUCAUGUGUCGCGCACAUGGUCCAGUAUGGCCCAGAAGUCAGCGGGUGAAAGAAGGUCCUCGAUCCAUGAUGGUUGGGCUCGUAUCGCUUGGGUGCUCAAUACUGAGAGUCUCGCUGUAUGCACGCGACAGUCCUUGACGUUGUUCAACAUCGUCAACGAUUCUCCAACUCUGAUUGAGGAAGUCGAGUUGGGCUUAUAUGGCCCCGUGCCGUGGAUUCUCGAUUUCUUGGUUUUCCCCAACCGUGAAGAUCACUUUUGCGUGCUAACGUCGACCCAUGUCUUGGUGUAUAAAGUGGCCGACAGUACUACCUUGAAGAAGAUCACUGCCAGCAUGAGAUUCAGAAUCAGGCACUACAAGAACCCCGAAGAUCUCAGCUUGCGUCUCACUACGUGGAAAGAAGACGAAGAAGGAGGCACGGGUAUUCUGGUGUAUUCCACCCUCCCUGGACUGACGUCUACCUAUCGAUUGAACCUUUCCGAACCCUACCAUUCGGUGAAUACAGACUACAUAGAUUUCCAGUCACUAUGGGCGCCCAAUGGCGCUAACAAGCCCGGGUCCGGCGUGAGCAUCGACAUUAGACGCUUCGACAUGGCGCACAAGCCUACGAUGAAUGUCUGGGAGCGCCCGUUCAAAGCCGCGCGGUUCUCCUCUGCGCUGCUGGUCAGUGAAGACUUGGGUGCAUGUCAAACUUUACUCUGUACCGGAAACGAUGAAGCAAUUCCACCUCUUAUAUGGGAAGCGAAGCUGCCGAUCUCAAGCUUCAAAUUGAGCCAUCGACAUUUCGUUGCUGAAGACUUGUCCCCGGAAUUCGAUGAUCCAGCACAGCGGCGUAUUGAGCCGUCGGCUCGUCGCUCGAGAUAUAUGAAGAUACCCGAUUCAUUGGGCGGCCGAACGAUCGACCUAGAACAAGUCACAAACUUGCUACAGUCACCCGUUCGUGGCACAGAGACUUUGGAAGACGUGCUAGCACUCAUAAAGUCCGAGCUAGCGCGGUCGGAUCUAGACUCCAUCACGCCCAUGCGCACGCUGUACAGCUUCGCUGAGACUGAGUUGGAGAUUGGCAACACUGACGACUGCUCAGAGGCAUUAGAUCAACUGUCACAACCCCUCGAAGAUCAAAUGAUGGCAUUACCAGGCCAGCCUCUGGAUAUGGGCGAGAAGAGUCAACGGUUGAUGCUGGCCUCGAUUGAAGUACCGUCGUCACUCGGUUUGGAACAUCUACGUCUUGACGCCAGCCUCUCGUCAGUGUACGAUCGCACUCUUGCUGCAUGGAUCACGCCGCUCUCAGAGAACAUACCAGGAAGAGUUCGUAUUGCCAGAGCAAAGCUAUGUGGUGUCGUCGCCGCACAGCUGCUUCUUGCAAGUCGAUCACUGCAAAUUCAGGAUCCUCCAGAUUCCCAACCAUCCCAAGAGCAAACGCAGACUCAGACACAAUCUCAAGAUCCCUACCAUGGUGGCAUGCCAUCAUCUAGUCAGCUAUUUCACGGACAUGGUAGCUUUGCGCUGAGCCAGCUGAAUUCGAGUCAGACAUUCCCUUCUUCAGCCCUCCCAACACCUUCGCAAACCCCUUCCAUCACGACCGCAUCCAGCCACCCUUCAGCAUAUGCUGCACCCGAGCUACAUCGCCUCAGCAAGUACACCGCAUUCAGCCAAACAGCGCCGCCCGCUCUUCCUCGUUCCCUCAACAAUGUCCUAUCUCACUGGAAAGUUGGCGAAGACAUCAAAAAUUACGAUUGGAUGUCAACCUCGCGAACUCUGGCGCAACAAGACGAAGAAGCCGACGAUGACAUGACCGAAGCGGAUAGAAGAAGAGCGCAGAGAAGGGCAGAGAAACAUAUGCGACGCCAGCGGAGAGAAGCGGCUGCGAGUCAAGCUCAGCUGAUUGCUAGUAGCCAAGCCCCUGAGAUUUACAGUGCCAGUCAGCCUACAAUGUCGAGGGUUGAGAGUCAGCCGAGCGGUAUGCUGGCUAGCAGUCAAUUCACUGGCCGAGGACCGGGGACAGCAGCAACAAGUCAGGUGGAAGCAGGGCGGUUUGGAGGAAAACUUGCAGCAACGGCUGGGAAGAAGAGGAGGAGACAAGGAUUCUAA